CGCAACAGAAGCGUCUUCACAAGGUCACGCACACACGUGUGGGCGCAGAAAGCCAUUUAAACCAAGUGCAUGUACAGCGCGCUGGGAUACUGACUCGACUGCAGCUCCUAUAGUGACGAUCUGUAAAACAAGCAGCUAAAAAUGGCCAGAGGAAGCCGUAGCAGACCCUCGCCUGUAGCUAGAUAACCUGCACUGUGCUGGGGCUGUUGGGUCUUUUGCAGCCACCCCGCUCCCUCUCAUGCCUCGCCACCAAUGGCGGCACCGCCUGCAGCCCUGGCUACUGCCCCAGCCCAGCCGAAGCAGCCCGGUCUCAUGGCGCAGAUGGCCACGACCGCAGCCGGGGUGGCGGUGGGGUCGGCGGUGGGACACGUUGUCGGCAGUGCCCUGACCGGAGCCUUCAGCGGCAGCGGCGGCGCGGAGCCGGCGAAACCCGCCAGCGCCCAUCAGGAGCCCCCGAGAAGCUCCUCCGUGCAGCAGCCGGGCCCCUGCCACUUCGAGGUGAAGCAGUUCCUGGAGUGCGCCACCACGCAGUCGGACCUCACGCUCUGCGAGGGCUUCAGCGAGGCCCUCAAGCAGUGCAAGUUUUCACACGGUGUAUCAUCACUGGUUUGACGGAAGGAUUUUUGAAGCCAUUCCUUGCAGAAUUAAAAUAAAUGAUAACAUGUUCAGUCAAUACUUCUGUGGUUGUACUUGACUCGCCAUCAACACUAUUUGUCAAUAAGGGGAUUAUCUCAUUGCUGUAUCAACCCCUUUCUUUGUUUUUCUUGUGCAAAAUGUAAAUUAUCAGGAUUUACGGUAAAAUAAAUAAUUUUAACUUUUAAAA